GCAGAGAUAUUCGGCGAACUAUUUUAUUUAUUUAUCGCGGUUGAAUAUUGCAUUCGGUUCACUGAUAGUGUUUGCGGCCGCCCAGAGAUAUCAAGAAUGGCAGAGUCAAACCGCUGCGUACCGUAAACUACUUUCUUGCAUAUCGUUUGAAGAGGAACAUAUAAUAUAUAGUCACAGUAGUUUUAACAAAUGAGUGCUUUUCUAUUUCUGCUGAUGAAAGGUGCUACUUACUAUAUUCAUCUAACGGAAAUGAUUUAUGCUGCCAAAGGGGAUUGCCCAAUCUCCAUAGUGUGCUAGGCCCAAGAUGGACAUCAAAUAUUACUAUAAAAAUGUACUGAUUCAAAUUCUUAAAUGUAUUGAAUAUCUAAAAAAUAUAUUGAAAUUGACGCCAUUAUUAUAAAAAAUAUAAUAAAAAUGAAAACUCGUUUUGAGGUUAAUUUUCGAUAUAAAUAAGUGUCGGAUUGUGAGAUACUUCAAGAACUUUUCUUUACUUAAUGUUUGAGAUGUUCCUAAUGUAUUUUUAUCCAAUAGGGUAUAAAAAACAAACUUAAUUCUUAAAAUAUCUAUAUUUUCUUCAUCUUCAUACACAAUUAGUAUCAUCUAAAAAUAGCAAAAGAGAGCAUAUACACGGUUUUAAAUCCCGGUCAGGGUAAAACCACAAUUCACACAAUGUUUUUUAGUCGUAGUAUGAAACGUUAUUGAUAAAAGUAAAAUAAAUCGAAGAAAAAUCAAAACACAUCCAUUUUGUACGCAAGCACAACACCACAAGUAGCAAGCGAAGUGUCAGUCAGUCAGAUUAAAUUCAGUGUUGUCAGUAUAAAGAAAAAUAAUUACAUGAAAUUCAUAUAUCGAUUAUUUUUUUAAAUAACCGAUAAUUGAUUUAUAUCUUAAUCUUUUUUUUACGAGUACACAUUAUUUUUUAUGUUUUUGUUUUAGUUGUACAUAUUUAAAUAACAAUACUAGUAAAGUUUUUUUUAUUGCUUAGAUGGGUGGGCGAGAUCACAGCCACCCUGGUGUUGCUAAGUGGUUACUCGAGCCCACAUACAUCUACAACGUAAAUGCGCCACCCACCUUGAGAUAUAAGUUCUAAGGUCUCAAGUAUAGUUACAAGUUAAAGUCCAAUGGGUAUGUCUUCCAUGUUAUUUUAUGUGCAUAAAAUCCAUUAAAAUCGAUUGAUUAAUGAUAAUACUUAAAAUGAUUUAUUUAUAUGUUUUAUUUAUAUACUCAAAAUAUUUACUUCAUACGUAAAAGGUUUUGAAGCUGGCAAUAUUUUUCCCGCAAAAAUAAAAAUCCUUGUUUUUUCAAUAGAGUUACUUUUUUAAAAAUACUUAUUGUAAACUGUAGUGGCGCUUAUUUGCAAGAAAGUAAAUGCAUAUUUAUUUAUGACAAAAUUAAUGCACUAAGUAUUUUUUCUAUAAUCUAUUGUCCGCUUUGGGCCUAAAAUGGGCCAUCCCCUUUAUGUUAUGUUAUUAGUUUAAGGUAAGUGUAAAGGGUUUCUGAAGGAGAUGCUUCUUUAACACCGUUGUUAUUGAAACUAGAUGAAAAGAUUAUUUAAAACUUAAAGUGAGAGAAGUUUUUAAAACAAUGUUCUCUUCAAUAAUGUCUUGUUUACAAGCAAUAAACGUGAUCCUUUUUUCUCUAAGAAUUUUAAAUUGUUAUUCGCCGGGUUGUCAAAGGUACCUAUAUUGAACUUCAAUUCAUGCUGAGAUUUAGUCAUUUUGUGAAUUUUUAUGAUUUAGUGUUUGUUUUUAUGUUUUUAAUUUCAUUUCAAUGUGGUGUUGGAGGCGGAUGUUGCGUCCAUGGACUGCACGCCGGAUCAAGUUUUCAUUCUCAAGGAGCUCGGCGUUACCACGAGGCAGUCCGCUAUCUGCUUGUAACGUAUUCUCACGUACUUCGGUCACUUCGUUCGUAGAGACCCUGAUAACCUGAUGGUAGUUGAUCAGGUUGACGGAAGAAGAUCUGGUGGUAGGACAUCUUGCGAGUCCGUACGGGUAACGUACCACCACCACCUUACCUAUUUCUGCCAUGAAGCAGUAAUGCGUUUCGGUCUGAAAGGUGGGGCAGCCGUGGUACUGUUAAAACUGAGACCUUACAGCUCAUAUCUCAAAUUGGGUGGCGGCAUUUAGGUUGUAGAUGUCUAUGGGCAACGGUGACCACUUAACAUCAGGUGAGUCCUGAGUUCGUCCACCCACCUGAGCCGUAAAAUAAAAAGAUCACGCGGACGCUUACCUACCCACUGGUCUGAUCUGGUAAAGACGCUCACUGACCUCCCAAUAACCGAGGCUAUAAAGACCGCCGAGGACAGGAAGACGUGGGGAAGUAUAAUGCAUCGAGUGGUCAACAUUUCAAACUAGACACGACUUUGAGAAAUGAAAAAGCCGACUCGAAAGAAGAUAAUUUAACUAUUGAUUUUCCAAAAACAGUAAAAAACUUUAUCUGUUUUUUUUUUUAAAUCCUUCUACAACUAAAGACUUGAAACAACAUCAUACCUUUUAUCUCCUGAUCGGAUCCUUUUUGGUCUGAAAUACAACUUAUAAAAAAUGAGUAUAAAUAAUUUUUUCGAUCCCUCAGUUCAUUUCAGUAUUGUCGUGACGUUAAUUGAACGCAAUCCGAAGUCUCUCACACAAAACUCAGCCGACGCUCGAGCUAUCUUCGCUUGUGGUUGCGAGCGCACAAAGAAUAAUGAGAAAAUUGAGAAAAUAAAUAAUGUUUUCGCUAUACUAUUACUAGAGUAUAGCGAAAACAUUAUUAUAUGUAAUAGUAUAGGAUACCGCAGUGAUAUGGAAAACGGCACACGAUAGAGUGAUUAUCGACGUCGGCGCUCGGCUGUAGGCAGCGCGGCGGGCUAUCGGGGCGCCGAGUGUGAGGGCGGGGGGCGGCGGGGCGGCGGCGGUCAAUACGAGGGGCGGGCGGCGGCGGGCGGCAGUCGCGCCUCGCAGCCCGCACGGACUCCGCGCGCAGGUGAGGAGGUCUCGGAUGCGUGAUGGCCGUCACUAAAGAGUCGUUAUGAUCGACAGUUAACAAGACAGGAAGAUAGAUUGGUUCGAGAUGGAUAGCGGCUCGGGGGUGGGCAGCGUAGCGUCUCUGAGCAUGGACUGCGAAGACAUGUUUAAGGAGAUCACCAAGAAACUGUACGGCGAGGAGGCAACAGUGGGCGUGGUGGGCGUGGAGUUUCCAGCAGCCGAGCGCGACCUAGACGACGACCUGCGGCCUGAAGAGCACAUCACCGCCUGGGGCCUUGCCGCCCUCAUGCAGAACGGCUUCCCGCCCCCGGGGAUCUUGCAGGCGAACUUCAGUCCGCGCAUCGACCCUACAGCCGAGGAUCGGUGGACGGCCGCGGAGGAGCCGCUGGCGUGGGCGCACUCCCGCAUCGCCGCGUACAACCCCGCGCAGAGACUGUUCAAGUGCGCGCACUGCGACUGUGUCGGCUUCCUCGCCAGGGUCGCGGAGCACUGGCUCGGCACACACUCGCAGGCGCGUGCAUUCCAGUGUCCGGUCUCCGGAUGUGGGUUCGCGUCUAGCUGGGCGCGCAGUGUCCGCCAGCACCUCGCGCGGGACCACCACUCCGACCCCGCCGCCGCCGACCAGCUGCUGCGGGACAACCCCGCCCUCGACGACCUCACGCGGUACUUGCAGAGACUGAAGAAUAAGGUCGAAUCUAUGCGUAACGACCGGCGCUCCAACCCCGGAGGGAGCGUGGACAGUCCGCAGAGCGACGCGGGCGCGGGGUCCGGCGGCGGCGCGGCGCCCGGCGCGGUGCCGGACGGCGGCAAGCGGUACGUGUGCGGCGUCUGUCCCUACGCUACCGACCGCCGCGACCUCUUCACCAGACACGAGAAUAUACACAGAGAUGAAAAGCCCUUCCACUGCUACCUCUGUCAGAAGCAGUUUAAUCGCGCCGAUCACGUCAAGAAACAUUUUCUGCGCAUGCAUCGGGAUCAACCCUACGACCUGAACCGCAUUCGGCGCGCGACCAACAAGCCGCAACCACAACCGCAACCCGCACAGCAGCACCAGCAGCAGCAGCAGCAGCAGCAGCAGCAACAACAGACCCCAAGUCAGGCCCAGCAGCAGCCGACGCUGCACUACUACGGCAAGCCGCCCGCCGAACCUCCGCCCGCCCCCGUCGCCGCCACCGUGGUCACGGAGUACCGCACCGUGGUGCCGUCGGUGGUCAAGAUAGAGCGAGCUCCUCUAACGAAAGCGGAGCCGGCGGCCGCCGCCAGCCUGCACAAGCCGGCCGCCGCCGCCGCCGCCGGGCCCGCCGCGCCCGCCGUCGCCAUCCCGCCCGCUCGACGGAAGGGGGAGCGUAGAUACGCGUGCUGCUACUGCGCUUGGUCCGGCGUGGACAACUGGUGCCUGAAGCGGCACCUCAACACCCACCUCAAGCCGUUCGCGUGCGCGCUCUGCGAGUACAAGGCGGCGCGCUCGGAGCGGCUGGCCACGCACGUGCAGAAGGUGCACAACAAGAAAUCCUGCGGGAAGUGCCCGUUCCUCGCGGACGACCAGCACCAGCUCGCAGCUCACCUUCGCGACUCGCACCACGUCGAGAGCCGCAACCUGAAGGUGCCCAUCAACGUGGGCCGGGCGCCGGGCGGCGCGGCGGGCGGCGUGUUCCCGGCGGGCGGCGUGCAGCUGUCGGCGGAGGCGGGCGCGGGGGGCGCGGCGGGGGCGGGCGGCGGGGGCGGCGCGGGGGGGCGGCGGCGCGCGGCGGGGGCGGCGCGGCUGUUCGGGUACCUGGAGGCGUCGGACGGGUCGGGAGACGAGUACGAGGCGGCGCCGCUGGAGUACGGCGCGGGGUACGCCCGGGACAAGGAGAACGCGGCCCCGCUGCACCACGACCACUGCCUGCGCUACUAGUGCCCCCGGACCCCGGGGCGGACUGGCAUAAAUCGCAUUUAUUCUUCAAGUUUCCAUAAAGUCGGUCGCAAUGAACGAGCGACGCGCGGGUCACAAGUACUGACGUACAGUUCCCGCGCCGGUGUACUUAGUUAAUCUCCCAGGACGACGCCGUUAAUUCUAAGUGUUAAGUAAAUUCGUUAAAUAUAAUAUGUUAGAUUAAUGUUUCACCAAAGAAUUAUGUGCAGAACAUUGAUUAUAAAGUUUAUUGAUCUCACUGA